AUGUUCACCUUCAAGGCGUACGGUGCCCGAGGAGUGCCCCACGACGAAAGCAGGAUCUUCACCCAGCUGAUCCGAGUCGUGGAGAUGUCGCCCGAGAGGGACGUCGGCGUGGGCAUUCUGACGGCGGAAGACAGGGACGUCUGGGCGAAAGUGUACGCCACCCUUGGCCAGAAUUCUCAGAACGCGGCGUCUCUGGAAGCGAUCAAGAGGGCUUCACUCGUGGUGUGCCUUGACGGCAGAGUGGAAGACGUGGAUCCCUACGAGGUGGCCUGGCCCCGGCAGGUAUACAAGGGCGGUCCGAACGCCGAAUAUGCAGCCAAUCGAUGGUGGGACAAGCCAGUUCAGGUGAUUGUCGGGGAAGACGGAGGGUCUGCACUUCUCUACGAUCACACAGCCUUCGACGGCACUGCGAUGGCUGGAGUCACGAAUCACUGCUAUCAUUACGCCCAGAAGGCAGGAAGCUUCGAAGCAUCUAAGGACGGCGCGGAAGGUGCUCCUCAGAAGCUGGAAUUCGUUCUUGGGCCUGACAUCUUACACGAAAUAGAAAAUGCAAAAUCGUCCCAUGCAAGGUCAGUAUAUAAGCUGCAAGACCAAUCGAAUAUCACAAUGCGGAAAGCAAUGUAUUUAUAG